CUUGUGUCUGUACAGUAUCAAAAGAAAUUACGUCAUGGCGAUUAAAAAACACGUGUGUUGAAGCGUUGAAGUGAUUGAUUAAAAAAAAGUGGUAAGAAUCAACAGUGAGUUAACAAGCGCAGCGGAGGGUGCGCAGAACCAUUUAUUAGUCCUAUAAAGGGAGUAGGAGCAUUCGCGCCCCAUUCACAAGUCCGACGUCGCUAUCCCCGCCGGUAGCUCGACUUACCCAACUUUCCUGCGAACUGUGGACUAUAGUUUGGAACGAUGAAAUUUUUUCUGUACGUCGGUGCCGUGGUGUUGAUGUGCGACGCGAUCAACGGGUUGUUCUUGCCGGAGUUGGGACGGGGACGUCCAAGAAUAUCUACGCACGGCGUUUCGUGGUAUCAGAGGGGAAGGCGGGUUGAAAGACCUACACACCGAGUAAUAGACCCUAAUGAAGACUGUUUUCUGAUGACAUCUGACGAGGGAGAGAUAUUCUUCAAGUCGCCAUCAGACGAGGGCAUAGUGUGCGGCAUCUACAUGAUAGCGGAGCCUGACCAACGCAUCCAGGUCACCUUCAACUACAUGGAUGUGCCCUGCGAGAAUGGAGGGCUGGUUGCAUGGGUGGACGGCUGGGAGUUGAACGGCCAGGUCUGGCCAGCAGACGCCUGGGACGAUGACCGAGUGGUGGAAUCCUGCGACCGGCGUCCGCCGCGCAAGCUGGUGGCGCGUCAGAAUGCGGCGCUCAUCCAGUACAGAGUCCCGGCCAGGGGCAAGGGAUUCGCCAUCACUGUGCGUCAUCUGAAAAAUCCGAGGCCUUGCAACGUGAUGAUGUUCGGGUCCGAAGGCAUCUUCACCCUUCGCAACCACGGCGCCACCGGCAACUGUUCCCUCAUCACCAUCGCCCCAGCCUCCGUGAGGGUACUGGACCUCAACGUGGGGCAGGCGGUCAAAACACACUCGCUGCUUGAAUUAGAAACCGGGACCCUCAGUCAGUGCAAAAAACGAGGAUUGCCGGACUAUGUGGACAUCGGUGGCGCCGGGGGCCUAGAUCACACCAAGAUGGAAGUCUAUGACAGUAUGUGUGGGCUCGACUCCAAAGAAGCACGCCGCCCGCUGCUCAUCGCCUGUGAAGACACCGUGGUGCGACUAGUGUCCAGCGGCCGGUUCCACAACUCAGUGACCCUGGCCUUCAACCCUCUCGCUGCCGAGGACAUCGAACACGCCGACUUGAUUUGCGGCAUGGACGCGAUGAAUGAGGUGCCCGAUAUCUAAACUGACCGACGAGAACCUUGAGCUGUGGCACGACUUUAUGUUACGAGUAGCAAAGGCCAAAACACAUUUUAGAAAAAAAUCCGUCAAUAAAACCGUUCUGAUAUACAUACCUUUUGUAUAAUAUUUUUAAGCACUAAUGUAUCCCGCUUGUAAGGGAGCAACGUAAUAAAAGCUUUAAGUUUCCAUAAUUUUGUGAUAUCCAUAGAAAAGACGCGACCGAGUAGCAUGUUAUUAUAUAAAAUGUGUAUGACCCAAUAAGUUUCUUCAGAAUAUGUACUACUAAUUUUUAGGAUAUUUAAGUAUAUUUUCUAUUCUAACUACUAAUGUAUUUAGUUUACUUAAGUUUUACAACGUAUUUUAAAAACAGCAAUGAAAUUUCGAUUGACUGCAGCAUGAACGUAAUAUUACAUAACUAUUAUACAAUUACCGCGGUUAGGAUAAAACCGUUCCGCUGCGUCAUCGGAUGGCAAUAUGCAAGUAUGUGUUCGAUUGUGCAGCGAAAUUAUUUGUAAUAAAUUGUAUUAUUAUCAAUUAGGUAUAGCAAUCAUUCCUCGGAACGCUACCACUAUUUUCGGUGCCACGGCUCUCAGACUAAGCGAUCCAAACAAAUGAUAAUAAAGUAACAAGAUGUCAUUAUUUGUUUGAUAAAAUGUUUCGAAUUGAGUUUCACAUGUUGCACAUUAACUAAUAAAAAUAUUGGCUAUAGUUUAUUUUGUAGAUGUUUCGGCAAAUUCUGUUAGUAUAGUAAUAGUUACAUAAAAAAACAUCAACAAAGUUGCGUUUAGAUAGUUAUAUGAAUUUAUUAAAUUUAUAUUUAAGUGCCAAUUAUCUACGGGUUUUAUAUUUAUUACUGUAUAAAAUACAGAUAAACUAUUAUUACUUAGUGAUGUUAUUUUUGGGUAUAUUAAAAUGAAUAAGGCCUAGUUUCGUGUACCUACUUUAUUCAUGUUUAAAUUAAAACUGUACGUAGAUUUAAUAGCUAACUGUGUCAGUAUCUCAAUCUAGUCAUGUAAGAGCUAGAAAAAUAUAAAAAUGUACCUACUAAAAUGUGUCCUAGCCAAAAUGUCCAUAAAUAAAAUAAACUUCCUACUAAGCUUUUUUAUUCCAUUGAAAUAUUAUUGUCCGAAAAGAGUAAAUCAGCGUGUUAUGCUGUUAGGGCCUGUGCACACUGGCUGAAUGUGCGUAGACGUGCACGACUUCUUAAAUAUCUACACAUAUAUAUUAGCUGCUAGACGCACAAUAACGUGUACACACAUUCGGCAUAUGCACAUUGGCAUGCUAUUACUCUAUCAUACCAUUCCACCUAAAUAUAAAGCUAAUAUAAUUUAUACAUUUUUCGUAUAAUGCAUUUGAACUUCAUUGCAUUAACAUGUAAAUUGUAAUGGAAAUAUAAGUUUGAUCUAAAAAAUAAUAUAAAGAUCAAAUAAAGAUGAAAGCAAAGUAAA